UCACUUGAAGUCUGAAUUUCCUUGAUUUCAUCUUUGUCUUGCAGUGAGAUACUGUUCCUGUAAGCAUGUUUUCCCCAUAAGGUUUUCAUACAUGUCCUCAACUUUAAUACUAGUUCAAAUAUACUUUGUUCAGAAAAGCUGAAAGUCCUGUUAAUAGAUUACUGCUCUUGUUCGUGCCAGAAUCACACCAUUUGUAAAACAGGUGUAAUGAUAUUAACCUCUUUUCAGAGGUUAUAUAUAUGUAAUAUUGCUUUCUCUGUAUAGAAUUACUUAGGUGACUUUAGUAAACUUUCAUUGUUUUGUCUUUGCAGCUGUAGAUAAAUCUGUUUUCCUGGCCUCUGCACAAGUUUGGUGUGAACUUGCCCUGGAGGUAUCUGGGCUAGAGUUUAACUCUUCAGCACCGUAAGAAUUAGUGCUGAUGUGUGUUAUCCCCAAGGUUUGGAGUAUUGUUAUCCAGGAUUUUGAUUUAGACCCAUCUUUAGUCUGUGUGAAUCCUAAACAAUGCAAUAGAAUUCUUUUUUUUUCUUUUUGUUCUUGAGUAGUUUCCAGAAAAGGAGUGAAACCUUUCCUUUAAAGCAAGCACCAGAAAUUGUUGUAUGGUUUGGAUUUUUUCAGUAGCUUACAAAUCUAGGUAUAACGUAGAGAUGUUUUUCUAAUCUAAACCCUCGACGUUCCUUGGAAAAAGAAAAUCACGUGAUUUGAUUAGACUUCUUACUUCUCUGCCUGUGCUCAGAGACUAGCCGUGUGCUGGAAAGAGGCUUUUCCCGGGGAGGGAGCAGCUGAUUCAUACUCGCUCACUGCCUUCGCUCAGCAUGGAAGCGUUCCAGCACCAGCUACUCACUCUUAUUGGGGGUCUGAUCUGUUUCUGUGCUCUGGUAAAAUGCAUCAGAUUUAUGAAAUACAUUUUCCCACAUAUCUGGAGUGCUUUGCCUGAGACUUUCUUUCGGUCGCUGGGAGAAUGGGCAGUGGUCACAGGAGCAGGAGAUGGGCUUGGAAAAGCAUAUUCCUUUGAGCUGGCAAAACGUGGAUUAAAUAUAGUUAUGAUAAGCAGAACUCUUGAAAAACUGCAGAGAGUAGCCUCUGAAGUUGAGCAGACCACAGGUCAAAAGGUGAAGGUUAUACAAGCUGAUUUCACCAAGAAUUCGGUAUAUGAGGACAUAGAAAAAACCCUGCAAGGCUUGGAUAUUGGUGUUCUGGUUAACAAUGUUGGAAUGCUUCAUAAUCCUCUUCCAUGCCGUUUCCUUAAUGGACCAGACAUAGAUGAGAACCUCGUCAACUGCAACAUUAUUUCUGUUAUAAAGAUGACAAAACUAAUUCUGAAACAAAUGGAGCCAAGACAAAAAGGUCUUAUUCUGAAUCUGUCCUCUGGUCUGGGUACUUUCCCUUGCCCAUUAUACACAAUGUACUCAGCUUCUAAGGCUUUUAUAAGCACUUUCUCCAAAGCACUACAAGCAGAGUAUAAGGCAAAGGGAAUCAUCAUACAGGUAGUGACUCCUUACGGUGUUUCUACUCCAAUGACAAUGUACCAAAAGCCGGGUCUUAUUACAAAGACAGCAGAAGAGUUUGUUAGUGAAUCACUGGAUUAUGUCACCUUUGGAGAUGAGAUCUUUGGAUGUUUAGCCCAUGAAAUGCUGGCAUGCAUCCUGCAGUUUGUCCCUUUAUGGGUAUUCCACAGCGACAGACUUCAAGAAGCAGUCCUGCAUGCAUUCACCAGUUAUCUGAAGAAGAGGUGGAGGAACCCCUAACAGAGUCAAUUUUUUCAGAAGAUGUACAAUGGGGAACCCCAGCAGGACGCACUUCACUGUUUAUGUGUGAGAAUGUGGAAGAAAUCAAAUCAAUUUGAGUCUGAGCUCCUUCCAAAUCAUUUAUCAAAUGACAAGUGAUUUGGUCUAAUGAACCUAAUAAGCUAAUUCAUUUCCAUCCCUUUCCAAAGAGCAUAAAAUUUGCUAGAGCUGUUCCAGUGACUUCUGUGGGCCUUAGAUAUGUUCUAAGAAAUUUAUCUUACUAUUUUAACAUAAGCUUGGAGGCCACAAAUAU